CCGCGGGCGCGGGCGACGUCGCGACGCUCGCCGUCGACAGCCGCCUCUGCGAGGAGAACCCGCACAACUUCACGGGCCUCGACAUCGGCGUCGAGACCGUCGUCCAGGGCGGCGCGACGGAGCAGCAGACCGUGCACCUCGCGCUCGACGGCGGCUACCUCGAGGGCUCCUACUACCAGCUCCAGUACGGCAACGAGCGCACGGCCUGCCUCGACUGGGGCGCGCCAGCCGAGGACGUCCAGGACGCGCUCAACGCGCUCACGACGCUCACGGACGCGCGCGUCGCCGUCGACGUCGACAUCACGCCCCUCGACGGCUACCCGUCGUUCCAGCCCAACUACAUCCUGCGCUCGUCGAACUCGUCGAACACGUUCAAGAUGGACCGCGCGGGCAACCGCGACCGCCGGCCGCGCUUCGACGGCAAGGUCUUCGUCGGCGACCGCAUCCGCGUCAACGGCACGACGGGCGUCUACACGGUCAUGGAGGUGCUCGACGACGGCUACGCGCUGCGCCUCAGCGACAAGUUCUCCGCCGCGGCCCACCUCUCCGUCGACGCCGUCGCGCUCUACAAGGUCGCGGACGCCGUCACGGUGAAGAAGGGCGGCAUCGGCAACGCGACGGUCGCCAAGACCGUCGUCCAGGUCGUCGCGGACGCGCAGUUCUACGCGAGCUCCGAGAACACCAAGGGCCUCUUCAAGCUCCAGGUGACCCACGACGGCGAGGUCAAGCAGACGUCGUGCAUCGACUACGCGGCGACCGCCGAGGAGGUCCAGACGGCCUUCGACUCGCUCCUCUUCGACCUCAACGCCGACGGCCUCGUCAACGACGAGAACCACGUCACGGUCACGCGCUCCGGCGACGGCGGCGUCGCGAGCGGCCACGGCUACGAGUACCUCUUCGAGAUGACGGGCCCGGACAACAACCGCGACGCCUACGGCUACGGCGGCGCGACGAGCUCGAUCCUCGGCUCCAACGCGCCGAAGAUCGAGGUCGUCGCCGUCGGCUCCGAGUUCGGCUGCCAGGACGCGCUCGGCCCCGAGGAGAAGCUCGACGCCACGGCGACGACGAAGCACAACUCGACGCGCGUCGAGCUCAGCGCGAACGCGGCGCUCUACGUCGCGCCGGGCGACCGCAUCCGCAUCGGCGACUCGUCGGACCCGUUCAUGAUCUACACCGUCGCCGAGACCGCGACGUUCCUCAGCAAGUACUGGAUCGAGCUCACGCUCCCCUUCGACUGCGGCAACUCGACGCACGGCUCGGGCCCCAUCUACGGCCUGACGAACGGCUGCGGCAGCGGCAAGACGAUCCACAAGUCGCUCGCGGGCGCGCCGUCCUUCGCCGUCCGCGAGGUCGUCUCCGGCGCGGACGUCUUCGAGUACGACGUCUACUUCGUCGGCCCCCACCUCGCCGACGUCGACGCGCUCGAGGUCGUCAACGAGGCCACGGGCGAGUGCCUCGACUGGAGCCACUACGGCGGCCGCGCGCGCGACGCGCGCGUGUCGACCGUCGUGCCCGGCGGCUCGCUCGAGGUCCAGACGCUCACGCUGGCCACGGACAGCGCGUACGCCAAGCCCGCGCCGGGCGGCGAGUACUACGCGUUCUUCAUCAACCACUACACGAUGGUCACGGCCUCCGAGUGCCUCGCCUGGGACGCCGAGGACUACGAGGUCGAGGAGCAGAUCGACCUGCUCAUGUCCGAGUUCCUCGACGUCGCCGACGGCGUCACGGUCACGCGCAAGACGGACGUCGUCAACGCGCCGAGCGGCUACGUCUACAGCGUCUACUUCGACGGCCUCGUCGGCGUCUCGCAGCCGCCGACGAUCUACGUCAACAAGAGCAACUGCUCCGCGCGGCCCUUCAGCGACAACAACGACGAGUACGUCGUCGCCGACGUCGUGUCCGCGGGCGCGGGCGCGGGCACCGUGAGAUUCACGGACGCGCUCCUGCCGCUCGGCUCGCGCGACGACGCGACGGCCGCGGGCCAGUUCCUCGGCCCGAACGGCACGGCCCUGUCCAUCUACAAGCUCUCGGGCUCGGCGCUCUCCGUCGCCUUCGACGAGGCGCUCGGCGACCAGCCGGCCAUGCUCGCGGACGGCGCGUACCUCGCGGACGGCGUCGCCGCGACCGUCGUCGACGACGUCGUCCAGGGCUCCGCGGCGACGGGCAUCGUCCUCGAGUCGCUCCACACGGGCGUGCCCUACAGCGUCCGCGUCGCGGCGCGCAACGAGCUCGGCUACAGCGACUGGAGCGUGCCCGCCGCCCUCGGCACGCCCGCGACGGUCCCGCCGAUGCUCGAGUACGUCACGCAGGAGACGGCGAUCCACAAGAACGAGAUCCAGACGCUCCAGCUCGGCGCGCUGCACGUCGACGAGAUCCAGGUCUUCACGUCGACGGCCGACGAGAUCUUCGAGACCCAGGAGGUCACCAUCGAGGCCGCCUACGGCCAGGACGUCGCGGGCAACUUCUCCGUCUUCUUUCCCGACGCGGACGUCGUCGCCUUCACCGCGGGCGCGACGGUGUCGUCCGGCUCGUUCACGCUGAACCUGACGCUCCCC